AUUCAGUCCAAUCCGAGAUGUGCUUCUGAGUCUGAAAAUCAUUCUGGAUCAGAGAGACUUAAACAAGGUGAUCAGGGGCACUUAAUGUCCACAGGGUCUCUUCGUAAAAAGAAACUGGCAAGAAGACCUGGAUACAUGAGGCCGGAAGCUCAGAGACAGAUAGAAUUUCAGUCCCUGGGUGCCUGCAAACCAUUCAGCCCAGAAGAGCUCAAACAUGGCAGGCAGCAUUGUGGAGACUUUGAGAAAUGCUCUCUUCAAAGACGAUGCCAAAAUAACUUUGACUUCUUACAGUGUAGUGCAGCGAGUAGUGCCGUAGCUCCUGCUCACGGCCUAGCAGCGUUGGCCACUACUGGAAGUAUGCCAGGACACUGCCAAAGCCUUCAGUGUUGCAAGAGUCCACGGUCAGAAGACACGGUGAUAGCAGUGUAUCCUGCUGCAGCAACAAGCAAAGGAGAUGUUUCUGUUGUGUGUUGUACACAGCCGAGAAGCCACAGCACUAAACUGAGCAAGGCCCCAAACGUGCAUGCUUUGGAUCAGACAGAAGUGAACAACAACUGUGACUAUCAAAAUGGAGAUGGUGUUUCUCGUCCUGUUGGUGCACAUGAUAGCUUUAGUUCAAGUUUCAGCUUCAUACAGCUGUCCCUGAACUUGGCCUCUGGAGUAAACGAUGCUGAAGGCAGGUCAACCAGUGAGGAAGCUGACUAUCUGCAUCCCAGCACUGCAGAAAGUCUGCAAAAGCCAGAAGAAAUGGUACAAACUUGUGAGCGCCUAGGAACUUUGCAUGGCUUCUCCAGGCCCACUGAAGAUUUGGAGUGUGAAAAUGAGACCACAGCAAAUUGUAAACCAGAAGACUGUGAGACAGUUUCUCUCUCCGAUACAGAUGCAACAUUUUCAUAUUCUACAGAUUCCUCGGAUGCAACAUCUGCUGGCUCUUCUGUCACCUCAGGCUAUGAAAGUAGCUUCACUGUUAGUGAACAUAACUGGGAUACUUUGAUGAAAAAGUAUGAACCAGUGCUACAGGACUGCCUGCUUGGCAACCGCAACACAUUGAAGAUCAAGUCCUUGAUCUUACGGCUUCAGAGGCUUCAGGAAAAAGCAGUAGAGGAAGAUGACUAUGACAGAGGUGAGAACUGCUGCCCCCUGCCCCCCACUGCAUCAUGCUGCACUUUUAUUUUCCUGUCCCCCUCCUUUCUCUAUUAA